AUGAAGUACAACUUGGAGGCUAUCUGCAAGCACAAUGUUGACCGUAGUCGUAACCAAUUGGUUGAAAACUUGAAAUCAACAUUGUGUACUUUGGCUUCGAUGAAUUGCUCCAAUACAUCAGUCAGAGUUCAAAUCGACUUAGAAGACUCCGGAUUGCAUUUUGCCAUGACAUUUCAGACAAGAGAUUGUCUGAAGCAGUUUCAAACCAUCCAUUGUUCAUUUUUUGUGGAAACUUUGAAAGCUGUUGGACAGUGUUGCCCUCUUCUGAAAUUGCUGAAACUGAACAAACAGUUCUCCGGAGGGAUGUUGGGACAAAAAUGUGCUGAUAAGAUCAAAAUUUUGCAUCUAGCUCAUGAUCACGACGAUGGUUAUUCUAGUGAAAUUAGCUUUGUUAGUGAUCGUGAUCAUUAUGACGAUGGUACUGGCAACCACUUUGGUUUUCCAGGGUAUGUCAAUUACUCUGACUAUGAGGACUUCACAAAACUCGAUUUAUUUGACCAAUGA